GUAGGUGUAGUAGCUGUAGUAGCUGUAGUAGGUGUAGUAGGUGUAGUAGCUGUAGUAGGUGUAGUAGGUGUAGUAGCUGUAGUAGGUGUAGUAGCUGUAGUUGGUGUAGUAUCUGUAGUAGGUGUAGUAGCUGUAGUAGGUGUAGUAGCUGUAGUAGGUGUAGUAGGUGUAGUAGCUGUAGUAGCUGUAGUAGGUGUAGUAGCUGUAGUAGGUGUAGUAGGUGUAGUAGGUGUAGUAGGUGUAGUAGGUGUAGUAGCUGUAGUAGGUGUAGUAGGUGUAGUAGCUGUAGUAGCUGUAGUAGGUGUAGUAGGUGUAGUAGGUGUAGUAGCUGUAGUUGGUGUAGUAGGUGUGGUAGGUGUAGUAGCUGUAGUAGCUGUAGUAGGUGUAGUAGGUGUAGUAGCUGUAGUCGGUGUAGUAGCUGUAGUAGCUGUAGUAGGUGUAGUAGGUGUAGUAGGUGUAGUAGGUGUAGUAAUAGUAAUAGUAAUAGUAAUAAAUUGCUUUAUUUGCAUGACCGCAUCAUUUUACAGUAUUGCAAAAGCAUGUAUAUGACAAUCAAAAUAUAAAACAAAACAGCACUAAUAAUAAUCUAGAAAAAUUCGGUUACAUUACUAACAAUGAAUCACGUAUUUUCAUGCAGGAGGAAACAAACUUCAUAACUAACUUAUUUACAUGAUGUUCCUUCGAAUUCAUUAUCAGUUUUAUGCUUUCUGGAGAUGAUUUCUUGUCAAAGUCAGGAAUUAUUGGAUUGAUUUGAUUAAUAAAUGCCUGUCUCUGUACUGAGUAUCUGUUACAUUGAAAGAGGAAAUGAAUCUCAUCUUCUACCUGAUUUGAGUUACAUAAAGGACAUAAUCUAUUUUCUUUUGGCAAAUGAUCGAUUUGGUAUCGACCAUGUUCAAUCAUAAGUUUGUGAUUACUUAUUUUAAAUUUAACAAAAUUCUGUCGUUCGUCAUAAUGUCUUAGCUGGUAGAGAUAAUCAGAUGUAGAAUAUUCAUCUUUAAAAGUUUUAUAAAAUUCUAGUUUUUUUGAAUUUUCGAGGCUGUGCCGCCAAAAAGAUAGAUAUUUCUCUCUCAUUUCUGUGGUAUAUCGUCUAAUUUUAUCAUUAUCUAGAGAUUCAGCAUCUAAACUGGUUAGAUUGUAUUGUUCAAGCAUGUUUAUGAAAUUGGAAAAAUAUCCGGAAUUAUUCAUAGAAUGUAGAUUCUUUGACAUAAGGAGAGACUGUUUGACUAUAGAGUCAUUAUCUUUGUUGUUGAGGUAAACAAAAUAUUUCAUAAUUUUCUGAUUUAUCGGGAUAAGCAGCGGCAGUCUAUCAAGUUCAGCUCUGCAGGCUAUGUUAGAGGCCUUAUUGUUAACCUCUAAGUAACGUUUACAGAAUUUGAGGUGGAUUUUUUCUAUUGGGUAGCUAUCCCAUUUUUAAAAUCUUGCUUGGUAUACAUUCCCCAUACCUCGCUGUUGUAACUCAAGAUUGGGAAUACCAUGGUGUCAAAAAUUUGGGAUGCAGUAUUAGGAUUAAGUUUGUUAAGAAUUGUCCGCUUCCGAAUACUAGAAAACGCGUGAAGGGCCUUUUCUUUUAAGUGUUCGAGUGCAAGUGUAAAGUUUCCCGUUGGAGUUAAACGUGUACCUAAAUAAGUGUAUUCUUGGACAAUUUCAAUUGACUCACUGCCUAUGUUGAAUUUGAUGUCAAUAGAUAUUUUUGGGCGUUUCUGGAAUAUCAUAAUUUUUGUUUUCUUCGGAUUAAUUUUUAGCUUCCAUUUGUCACAAUACAAAGAAAGCGCAUUUAAACAGUUCUGUAAUCCAGUUUUCGUUUUUUCUGUAAUCCAGUAGUAGCUGUAGUUGGUGUAGUAGCUGUAGUAGAUGUAGUAGCUGUAGUAGCUGUAGUAGGUGUAGUAGGUGUAGUAGCUGUAGUAGGUGUAGUAGCUGUAGUAGGUGUAGUAGCUGUAGUAGGUGUAGUAGCUGUAGUAGCUGUAGUAGCUGUAGUAGGUGUAGUAUCCGUAGUAGGUGUAGUAGGUGUAGUAGCUGUAGUAGGUGUAGUAGCUGUAGUAGCUGUAGUAGGUGUAGUAGGUGUAGUAGCUGCAUGA